GGCGGGCGCACUCUUCGUGGCAAUGUCGGGGCGGGACUGUAAGGUCCGACAGGAAAACUAAAGAAAGAUGGCUGCAAUCCGAAAGAAACUAGUGAUAGUUGGGGAUGGAGCCUGUGGCAAGACCUGUCUCCUCAUAGUGUUCAGCAAAGACCAGUUCCCUGAGGUUUAUGUGCCCACAGUGUUUGAAAACUAUGUGGCAGACAUUGAGGUGGAUGGUAAACAGGUGGAGCUGGCUCUCUGGGACACAGCAGGACAGGAGGACUACGACCGACUGAGGCCCCUCUCCUAUCCAGACACAGAUGUCAUCCUCAUGUGUUUCUCCAUUGACAGCCCUGACAGUUUGGAGAACAUUCCAGAGAAGUGGACUCCUGAGGUCAAGCACUUCUGUCCCAAUGUGCCCAUUAUUCUCGUGGGAAACAAGAAAGACCUGCGAAAUGAUGAGCACACACGUCGAGAGUUAGCCAAGAUGAAACAGGAACCAGUGAAGUCAGAAGAGGCGAGGGACAUGGCUAACCGGAUCAAUGCCUUUGGUUACUUGGAGUGCUCAGCCAAGACCAAGGACGGCGUGAGGGAGGUGUUCGAGAUGGCCACCAGGGCGGCACUACAGGCCAAGAGGCGAGGCAAGAAGGGCGGCUGCCUUGUGCUUUAGGGUGUCAGCUCACUGCAGGAUUGGGAGGAAGAGGGAAAACAAACCAAGCCAAGAAAAAAAACAUCCCACCUCUGUGUCUGCUUUGUCACUGAGGUUGGCACAGUUGAAUGGGGCGUUAUAGGGAUGAGGGAGAAAAGUCAAACCAGGCCAAAGGGGAAAAAAGGAAGAUUAAAUGCAAAGGAAAAAGGGAGAAUAUACAUUUAAGUUCAAGGUUAUAGCCUCUAUCUUUCAAAUAAAAAGUACUGUAAUCUUGUGUUUAGGAUUCAAAUUCAGAGAAUGUGACGAGAAGGGAACCUCUCUCUCAGUCAUACUUUUUAAAGUGUGGGAGGGUAAUUGUUUCCAGUUCUGUCUUAACUGUAGCUUUACAGUUAAUAGUUGAGACCAGCUCCAGAAGAGAUUUGGUGGGGGGGGGAUGUGCGCCUGCUUAACUAACUGUUGGAAGACUUCCAUGGCUUGCAGUGUGACUGUGCUUGUCUUCAGUUUUUUCAUUCUGUAAGUUUUUCUUUCUGCUUUAUUCCCCUGAGGAAACAUAGACCAACCUAACUUGGUAUGGCAUUUGUGUCUAAUGAACCUGUAGUAUUUGAUACAACUUUCAUUCAUUUAAAAAUGUGAGAGUUUGAUUAUUUGCAUUUGAGCAUAAAUACAUGACGGUAAUGAGACCAACUUAUUUGAGUGCUUUAUGCUAGCUUUAAUGAAUGCAACAGUCGGAAAACUGUAUGUGAUUGAAUUGAUGUGGACUGUCAGACACACUGUAUACAGUCGGGUAUUAAAGGGUUGUCAAAAUUGUUUUAUCCUCUUGACAGCUACUGUAAAUUGUCAAGUAGUAGCGGGGCCUUAAUUUACCUCAGAGGACCAGAUCUUUUAUGUAAAACAGGGUUAUAUUAGAGACCAGUCUUUAUUUCUAAUUUCCUCUGUUUUAAAUUGUUUAUGUAAAUCUCAUCAUAUUUUAGUAAGAAGCUUCCAUGUUUUCUGAUCUUCCUUCAUGUUUAACUGCUGUCUUGAUAAAUUUGGUAUAAUGUACAUUUCUACAGCACUAUCUCCAUCACUACUCCACGUCAUGUCAGUUUCUCACAUUUCAUAACACAUUUUCAGAUAGAUGAAGUCACCUCAAUUUAGCUGCUUUUUAAUUGCUGUUAAGUUACCAUCAGUAUAAAUGCAACACUUAACGUACGGAUUUUACAUUUAAAAACCUCCCAGCAGCUCAUUGACACAUUUGCUGUUGUUUCCAGUGGGCUUUUAAUUUGAAACAUUAGCAGGAAGCGUCGAGUUUUACUUAGCAGCAAUAAAAGAAACUUGGUAGUGAGUUUGACAUGACUCUGAAGUGACGGAGUAAGUGCUGCGUAAUGUAAGUUAUUCUGAAUUUUAGCGUGUGAGACAUUCUAGCAUGGUAAUUCCAUCCCCUCUGUGUUUAGUUCGGCUGUUAUUAGACACUCUCUUUAUUUAAACACCAGCUUUUAUUUGAAAAUAUACGGUGUACUGUAUGCCAGGGUAAUGUCUCCCAACUAUUCUUUCUCCGCUUUGUAUUCUCUUGUAUGUUAUUUUAACUUUAUGUGAUAUUCUACUGGCUUACAUUGUAUUAUUUGCACACAACUUUGAAACAAAAGGUCAGUGUGGUACACACUUUGAAAAAGAUAUGAUGUCAAAAUUAUGUAAUGCAAAAGGCAAGCACCUCCUAAAGUAUUGGGGAUUUUUAAGAGAAACAUUCUUUUGUAUACAAAUGUAUCCUCACGUUUCUCCAGUCGUCAUUUUUAAUGUAUUCUACAGGAAAUAAAUUUUAACUGAUAAGGACCAAA